AUGUUUUUGGAUGUCAAUGAUAAUAUUCCUCAAUGUUUAACAUCUUAUCAUCGAAUAUCAAUUCCAGAAAAUUUUUCUAUUGAUCAACCAUUAAUUAAAAUAAAUGCAACUGAUUUUGAUUAUGAUGUUAAUGGAACAAUAAAUUAUUCUUUACGAAUAAAUUCUUCAUGGCCAUUUGAAAUAAAUUCUAUAACAGGUGAAAUUUAUUCUCGACAAUUAUUUGAUUAUGAAUCAGAAUUUAAAAAUUAUUUAAUAAUUAUUGAUCUUGAAGAUCAAGGUUUUCCAAAAAAAAAUAAAAAUAAAAAUGCUUGUCAAUUUGAAAUAAAUAUUCAAGACGUAAAUGAUAAUCGACCUGAAUUAAUUGAUGAUAAACAAACAAAAAUUUUUAUUGAUCUACAAAAACCAUUUAAGAAUGAAAUUAUUCUAUUAAAUGUUAAAGAUUCAGAUUCAGAUGAUAAUGGAAAAAUCAAAUAUACUUUACUAACAGAUGAAAACAAUUCGUUAUUUAUUAUUCAUCAAAAUGGUAGUCUACAAAUGACACGUCAAAUCAAUGAAAUAUCUUUAUUUGAAUUAAAAAUUUUAUUAGAAGAUAACGGUAUACCAUCUCAACAAACAAUAAUUCAUUUAAUUAUUGCUAUUGGUGAUUCAUUGAUAACAUCAUUUUCAACAUUUGAAAAAGUUCAAUUAAAAUAUUCUCGUCCAAGAGCUAUCGGUCUUAUUUUAGGUUUAACAGUUUUAAUAAUAACAUUAGGAUUAUUUUUAUGUAUAAUUAUUACUUGUAUCUUACUUCAAAAACAUCGUCGACGACAUCAAGCUGCUAUUAUAGCGCGAAAUAAACUUUUAUGUUCAUCAUCACAACAAUUAACAUCAUCUGGUUCGACAGCAACAACAAAUACAACCUCAUCAUCAAUUGAACAUCAACAUAUAGCAAAUAUUGUUCAAAUAAAACCAACUCAUUGGCAUGAGAAAUAUUAUGAUCAACAUUCAUCAAAUUCUUUUACGGUUGAUACUUCAUCACCUGAAUCUCGAACAUAUAGAAUUCUUCAUAUUCCUCAAGAUAAUGAAUAUUAUAUGCGUUAUUAUCAACAAGAAAAAGUAGAUAAUCAUAGUUCUGAUCAUGGUUAUCAUGGAAGUAAUGAAACAGGUUCAUCAUCAUCACCUUCAUCACAAAUAUCAAUUCGUCGUUCAUAUAUGGUUAAUCAAUUACCAGAUUUUGUUACCAGAUGUAAAAGUGUUAAUGGAGGAUUUCUUGUUGAAAUGAAUGUUGAUGGUAGCGAUGAAGAUGCGAGAUAA